AGUAGUACCACAAUGGCCAGCCUCGUCCGGAGCGUUUUGGCUAAUCAGUCGCGCUCGCUUCGGGGACUGGGUGUCAGGUCGGCACCUGUCUUGUCGAGGACUACCCUGCGAACCCCCAGGUUUGCUGGUUUCGCGACUGCGAGUGAAGAUGCGGAAGCGGAGAUUCCACAGCCAAAUGACGCCCCGGUGCCUUUUGGCGGCGAGAGGGAAGGUCACACUGAUUGGUCCAAGAGUUACUAUGGUCUUUCGCAACAGGCUUUCCCUAAAGAGGCUGCCGACAUCCUUCUUGCGCCUGUGGAUCCUCUCGACGUUGAAUGCAAGCCAGAUGGCCUUCUUUACCUUCCUGAAAUCAAAUACCGUCGCAUUCUGAACAGGGCGUUCGGUCCUGGUGCAUGGGGUUUGGCACCUCGUGGUGAAACCAAUGUCAGUGCAAAAAUUGUCAGCAGGGAAUACGCUCUUGUAUGCCAAGGACGGCUUGUCGCCAUUGCUAGAGGCGAGCAGGAGUAUUUUGAUGUCAAUGGAGUCCCCACGGCUACUGAAGCGUGCAAGAGCAAUGCCCUGAUGCGCUGCUGCAAGGAUCUGGGAAUUGCUAGUGAACUUUGGGAUCCUCGAUUCAUUCGCGAAUUCAAAGCUAAAUAUUGUGUUGAAGUGUUUGCCGAGCACAUCCCUACUAAGAAAAAGAAGAAGUUGUGGCGGCGCAAGGAUGCCCCGAAGCUGGCUUACCCUUACCAAGAGUAAACGCAUAGCCAAUCCAUUGUACCUUCUUACAAGCAUGUAUCGUAAUGCUACAUGUCUCUGGCACUCCACUCUCAUAAAUCUAUGCAUAAUUACAUACAUGCCU